AGAGAUACAGAACACCAGCCCAUGAAACAAAAUGUGACUAUUUGGCCAGACUACCUAUGAUUCCCCAAAUUCUGUGAGAUCAAGAAAAUUAUGUGGUCCAUCCCAGUUCAUUAUAAGAUGGGAAUCAUUUACCUUGGAUCAGGGACAAGUGGGCCAGAAGACACAAGCACAAGCCAGUGUUCCAGGUCGCCACAUCGACUAUCACUCCUAAUACCUCCACUUCUCCCUCAAGUCACAUCUGUUGUCCGAUAAUAGUUACUUAUGACCGGCUAAAGGAGAAAGAAAUACGUCUAGACUGAUUGAGUAAAACAGACUGCCUCUACACUACAGUAGCACUCAGGAGUGUCCUUGGCAGAUAAAAGUGAAGGGAAACGCACCUGAGAUUUGGAACUUCCAGCAAAAGCAAAUGUGCCCAAUAGUUACAGCUUCAGGAGGUGUACCCGAUCAUCCUUUGGUGUUUAAAAAGAAGUGACCUGCGGUAAGAAUAUAUGUAGACUCCCAGAAAUUUAUGAAAGACUAAUUGUUCAGGAGGUUGGACAGAGAAGUAAUGAAACACUGGAGGAAAGUGUUCUGUAGAAGAGACAUACAUCUGACCCAAAGCAGAGGACACCCGCGUGAACGUGUUUGUGUUUACAGUUAAUGUCCACCGGAGAGCUUCAAGCAUGGAAGGAGGAAGCAGAAUGGUGUGGCCAGAAGUCAUCCUCUGUCAUCGGUCACCCUCAGUGUUGGAACGAGUGUGAAACGUAUGCAGUAGACAUGAGGGUAGAGAUGGAAGUUGUGCAUGAAUCCAACUGUGUGGGUCCCCACACACCAGGGCUACUGUCAUCGUUGCUGCUGAAUGUGCAGCCUUCCAGAAACAGAGCUGAUGUGGACACCAACCAGCCACUUAGUGUCAGGUUAAUUACAAUGGACCUCUUUUGCCCUGAAAGAGUCAGCAAUUCAUCAUGAUUGGAGUUGAUUGUAUUCAGUCAGUUACUUUAUGGAAUUGCCUUCUCUGUUUUUAGGACCUCAGCAAACAAAAGUAACUGAAGGUUUACAAAGCAAUUGAUCCUCCCAGAUAGGAUCUCAUCCAACUUUGUAGCCUGGAGGUGCAGCUCUGGGCUAGUGGUCAUGGCACCUGUUAGUCUUCUUACAUAUCACAUGACCCAGAAGCUGUAGGCCUACAAGCAAUGGAACAGCCUUGGAAGGUGCUGCUGAAUUGCUAGUUAGGAGGUGAUACCAGCGGAGAUUGGAUGGCUUCCUCCAGGAGACGGCAAAUGCCCUAAAUCAGCGGAUGGAGGUCUGCAGUGCCCCCAGAUCAGUUUUUCUAUAAAGUCUGACUACCUAACUUGGUUGGCAUUGUGGAUAAGAAGCUGGAAGAUCCAGCCCAUUUGUCUCUGCUUCCAUUUGACAGCGAGUCAUUGUAGAGGCAGCUCACACCCUGAGCAGCGAGAGCGGCCUGGCCAGGCUCCUUCCUCAGGAAGCACACUCAGCCUCUCAACAUCAAGACAUUGUGGCUUUGAAUUGUGCUUCUGAGUAUCUGUGCAACCUAAGUGUCCAGUGUCAGAGGACAGAGUAAAAGAUGACAAUCUCUUCAAACCACACCAACCUUAGAGAUAUUUGGUAUACCAUGACUGGGAUCCCAGGACUGGAAUAUGCACACAUAUGGAUCUCCAUUCCCAUCUGUUUCAUGUACAUAGUUUCUGUUUUAGGCAACACCUUCUUAUUAUUCCUGAUCUUCACUGAACGCAGUCUUCAUGAACCCAUGUACCUUUUCUUGUCCAUGUUAUCCCUGGCAGAUAUCUUUCUCUCCACAGUCACCACACCAAAGAUGCUAGCAAUCUUCUGGUUCCAAGAUGGGGGUAUUUCUUUUGGUUGCUGUGUGUCCCAAAUGUUUUUUCUCCACUUCAUCUUUGUGGCAGAGUCUGCCAUAUUGCUGGCCAUGGCAUUUGACCGCUAUGUAGCCAUCUGCCAUCCACUAAGAUAUACUACAAUUCUAACCCCCUCAGUCAUUGGAAAAAUGGGCAUUGCCUCUGUGAUCAGGAGUUUCUUCAUCUGCUUCCCCUUGGUUUUUCUGGUUUAUCGGCUUGCUUACUGUGGGAGGAAUAUUAUUCAUCACUCAUAUUGUGAACAUAUGGGCAUUGCCAGGCUAGCCUGUGAUAGCAUCAAAAUCAACAUCUACUAUGGGGUGAUUGUGGCCCUAUUUUCUACAUGCCUGGAUGUGGUGUUUAUCAUUGUUUCCUAUGCCCUUAUACUCUGUACUGUUUUUAGAAUUCCUUCCCAAGAUGCCCGACUCAAGACUCUGGGUACUUGUGGCUCCCAUGUCUGUGUUAUCCUGCUGUUCUAUACUCCAGCCUUUUUUUCAUUCUUUGCUCACCGAUUUGGGGGCCACCAUAUACCACUCCAUGUACAUAUCCUCCUUGCCAAUCUUUAUGUGGUGGUACCACCCACUCUCAAUCCCAUCAUUUAUGGAGUUAAGACCAAGAAAGUUCAGGAGAAGUUUGUCCAUGUCUUUUCUGUGAGCAAUAAAUUCUGCUGAUGUAGACUA